AUGGAUAAGGACAAGUCUCCUGCGCAUGGUGAAGGUUUACCACCACCAUCAGGCAGGUACUCAAGUCAUUUGCCGACUUACAAUGUGAAAACUGAACCCUCUUCAUCACCAUCAUUUCCACCAUUGGCCUCUGGUGCUACUGCAGAACCAGAUCAUUUUGGUCACGGAAUGUCCACUGAAUCUAAUCACUUUAGUCAUGAUAUUAGCCGAAUGCCAGAUUACCCACCAAGAAAAUUGGGUCAUAGACGUGCCCAUUCAGAAAUCGUGACCCUUCCAGAUGAUAUUGGCUUUGAUAGUGACCUUGGUGUUGUGGGUGUUGCCGAUGGUCCUUCAUUUUCAGAUGAGACAGAGGAAGACUUGUUGUCUAUGUACCUUGAUAUGGACAAAUUCAAUUCUUCAUCUGCUACAUCAGCCUUUCAAAUGGGCGAACCAUCAGCUUCUGCUACACCAGCUGCUCCAGCAACAAGAGCGGUCACUAGUUCUACAGAGAAUAUCAGCAUGGGUAUUCAUGAGAGACCCAGAGUUAGGCACCAGCAUAGCCAAUCAAUGGAUGGAUCAACAACAAUCAAAACAGAGAUGCUGGUGUCGAGUUCAGAAGAGAUGUUUGCAGCUGAUUCCAAGAAAGCCAUGUCAGCUACCAAGCUUUCAGAACUUGCCCUAAUUGAUCCAAAACGUGCAAAGAGGAUCUGGGCAAAUAGGCAGUCAGCUGCAAGGUCAAAGGAAAGGAAGAUGCGGUACAUUGCAGAUCUUGAACAGAAUGUUCAGACCUUGCAAACAGACGCAACAUCGUUGUCAGCUCAAUUGACUCUCUUGCAGAGUGACACAAAUGGGCUGACUGCUGAAAAUAGUGAACUGAAACUGCGCUUGCAAACGAUGGAACAACAGGUUCACUUACAAGAUGCACUUAAUGAUGCACUGAAAGAGGAAAUUCAGCACCUGAAAGUUCUGAUUGGCCAAGCAAUGCCAAAUGGUGGACCUAUGAUGAACUUUGCUUGUUUUGGUGCUUGUGCUGAUGCUGGUCCUAGUGCUAGCCAUCAAUUUUAUCCAAACAAUCAAGCCAUGCACACUUUUCUAACUGCACAGCAAUUUCAACAACUCCAGAUACAUUCUCAGAAGCAGCAGCAUCAGUUUCAGCAGCAUCAACUACAUCAACUUCAACAACAACACAUGCAGGAACAACAACAACAGCAGCAACCACAACCACAACAGCAGCAACAACAACAACAGCAGCAACCACAACUACAGCAGCAGCAACAACAACCAAGUAAGGACUUGAAAAUAGAAGCGACCAUGCAGUCUCCAAGCCAAAAAGAUAAUGCUUUAGAGGUCAACCAAGUAGUAGCAAAGGAUUGUUGAGAGAAAUUCUCCAGUUGUCAGAAGUAGUGGGGUCAGAUAUGCCUCCCCUCUUGUUUCAAUUUCUGGAUAAUUUUUUUGUAGUCUCUUCCAUAGAAAACUACAGUUCUAGG